AACAGACCACAACCAAAUCGAAAAUCCAGAAGGACAACAAUAACAUGGAUGCGUGUGUCUUUGUAAUGCUAUCAAGUUUUGGCAGUUCAUCGAAAAGUUCAUCCGUUAUUCGAUAUUCCGACCGUGAAUUUUGGCGCUGAAAUAAAAUUGGGCUAAAAUGAAUGCCAAAUCAAGUGGAAGCGGGGAUGGGGCAGGAGUGGGCGACGAGGGGGAUGAUCAGGAAGACCCUUCUUCUUUGUCAUCAUCUCAAAGACCAACCAAAGGUGAUGAGUUAGAUGACUUUCGAGCCAAGUGGAAGAAAGAACUUGAGUCUGCACCAGUCUCUCGCAAUGCAACAGCCCCCACUACACCGGUGAAAGAGUUCCCGGAGAGUCGUGAAGAAAAUGAGGAAGAAAAGGCUAGAAGAUUGUUUCUGAAAGGCAUCGAGAACGAGCAAAAGGGAAAGCUGUAUGAGGCGAUUCAGUUCUAUCGGCGAGCUGUCCAGCUGAUUCCAGACAUUGAGUUUAAAAUAUACGAGAGCACAAAAAAUCAGAGGCCAUCUGCUGAACCAACUCAACAUGAAGUUGAUGAGGAUGCUGAAGACAGAACACCAGGAGAGGAGGAGGAGGAGGAAGAAGAGUUUGAUCCGAGUCAGACAGAUUUGGUGUCACAUCUACAGCGAGUCAUGGCCCGUAGCUAUUGCAUCUGUCAGCCCAAGCAGCCUCAGAUGACAACUCAUAUCUCGGCCCUGCCAGUGGAGAUAAUCCUGUAUAUCCUGCGAUGGGUGGUAUCCUCGGAUCUGGACUUGCGAUCCUUGGAAAUGUGCUCUCAAGUCUCCCGGGGAUUCUACGUCUGCAGCAGGGAUUCUGAGAUUUGGAGGCUAGCUUGUGUAAGGGUGUGGGGCAUCAACUGUGGAGGUCUGUCGUCAUACAAGACAUGGAGGGAAAUGUUCAUAUCUCGGCCUCGACUGCUGUACAAUGGCUGCUACAUCAGUAAGACAACGUACAUCCGUAGCGGAGAGAACAGCUUCCAGGACCAGUUCUACAGGCCCUGGCAUCUAGUGCAAUACUACCGCUAUAUCAGGUUUUUCCCUGAAGGUUUGGUGCUAAUGCUCACUACAGCUGAGGAGCCGAUGUCUUGUCUCUCUUUGUUGAAGGCUCGCCAGGCUCGCCACCCCGCAGUGAUGAUUGGUCACUAUAGGCUAUGUGAUGAUAGAGUAACCUUGACUGUACAAAAGCAAGAGACUGGCGGACCACAGAAGUACAAACAGAGGAGGAACAAUAACACACAGGAACACACCUUCCAUCUGGAGUUUGAGAUAGUCCCAAGGCGCUCUAAGAACCACGGACAGCUAAGAUGGCGUUGCUACUCAGUGUUCACCAAGAAUAGAGAUGGCCACGAGACAUCGUCCACGUUUGAGGUUGUCGGCUCCCGUUUCCCUUCCCUUUGGUUCUCUAGAGUCAAGAGUUACACGGCAGAAGCUGAUUACCCUCUUAUGUAAAGUUAUAUUUUUCUCAGAUACUAAAGCUAUAUUUAACUAUAGAAUAAAGUCGUUGUAAGGACCAA